UAAUAAUAAGUAUUGAGUAAAACAGACUCUUUCAUUGGCGACGAUCUACAAUUACGGUUCACAUUUUCGUUCAUUCAUCAUCCAGUACAGAGAUUGAGCUUUCGCCGUUUUUCGUCCUUGUCGAGUGACUACCGGUUAAAAAAAUUGACAAAGAUUGUGAAUACAAAAGCAUAAUGAAUACAAGUGUGGACUUGUCCAUGUCCAGUUCUUUUGAUGACUUGGAUCAUCAGUAUAGUGCGGAUUUCAGUGAAGAGAUAAACACCAAAAUGCGAAUACCGGACAGACUUAGUAUGGGGGCAGGUGAUGAUUCAAUGAAUGUAUACGAUGUGGUAAACGACCACCGUCACACUGGAAUGGAAGUACCUGAACGAAUCGUCAUGGCAGGUUCAGAUGAACAUAUGGGCAUGAAGCGGCCUCCACCAAACAUAGAUUUUGAUGCAAUUACACCAAAUCCAGUACACACAACAGUUGGUUUAACAACACCACCUCGUACAUUAACCUUGGAAGAAUUCAACUUCCCAACUGCCGGUGAAACCAGAACCAAGUCUAAACCAUUGGAUGAGAAGCAAAGCAGGCUAGUACCAAGUGUUGACGGCCUUGUACAGGAUGCCAGUAUCGAUACUGAUAGAUUACAUCACCAGAUUUUGCAAAUUUCCCAGAGAAUAUUAGAAUUAGAGAAUGAAAAUCAACAGCGCCGCCAACGGGAAAAGUAUCUUUACAUAACUGGUGCUGUAUAUAUAUUGUAUAAGGCAAUGAAGUACCUAUUUGGAUCAACUUGAUUCUUCAUGGUUGAAUAGUCAAGGUUAAUGAUAUCUUUCUCCCAAAAGCAAACAAUAGCCCAAAUGUUGGCGAAAAUAUCGGUUUUUACAGUUUUAUAGAAACAGUUUCAGGGAAGGACAUGCAGCAGACCUUUGCGGAGUGCCAGUCAGACUUAACAACUGACCAACCAGGAAUAUGAGCGUGUCCUCUAAACACACGUGUUGUCCCACAAACACAUGUGUUUCCGUAUGUUUUUACACUUUCGUUUUGUGGACCUUAGCAACAAUAUCCAAGGGGCGGGGCUUAGCGGACAGAUCCAUUGGUUUUCGCAACAAGACUUUCUGACCUUUACUCUUAGACCAGGUUUUCUGUUUGACUUUUCUUUGUUGCAGGCUUUGACAGAGUUGACUGCUCAGUCUUUUACGCUCACCACAGUAUGUUCGCAAAAUUAGCCUCGAAAAGAAGCCUGUCUU